AUGGUCAGAGAAACUAAAGAGAAAUUAAAGAAACAUUUCCGACCCAGGAACCUUUGGAGCCUAGUUGCUCUACAUGUAAACCCCGAAACAUGGGCAAACAAGAGCCAUACGGCCAAAAGCGUCGAUCUCAGAGCAGCCAACACACAGAACAUCGUUUCUAGGGUGGGCACUAUUGCUGCAAAAUGUACUGAUAAUUUACUCACGGCCUGCAAAAAAGAUGGCAAGAAAAUUGACCUUGAUGAAAUGGUUAGUUUUCACUCCGAUGCUCUGGCAUUGUUAGGCCACCCGCAAUAUGAAUUAUCACUGAAAAGACACAAGGCGAUAAGACCUAGCCUCAAGAGAGAAUAUGCAGCACUUUUCCCUCUAAAUGUCCCAAUAAAUAAAAUAAAUAAAAUUUCACAAGUGUCAAUGAAUGGAAAAAAAUCACAAAAGGCUGGCUGCAAAGGUAGUUCUAGCACCAGGGGACAACACAGAUCCUCAGACCAGUAUUACAAAAGGUUCUUUCAUUCCCACAACCAAUAGAAAAAUCGUGGCAAUAAGUCAAAAAACUUCAAAUCCCCCCUCUACAAGAAGAAGGGGGGGGGAGCAAGAACCAAAGGCAAACAUUAAGGAGCUGACCAAUUUAGGAACCCCGCAGGUUAAUAAUUUUGAGCUUUAUGUUGAGAACAUUAAACAACUAUUGUUGUGUCAGAUUCAGUACUUUAAGGCUGGCAGCAUAAGUACAUGUUACUCGAGAUGGCUAGACUUAACCUAA